AUGAAGCUAUAUAAUCCAUUGACUAGAGUGUUAAAAAAGGUCCCCAAGAUACCUUUUAUCAACAAGAUCGUCGUAGCGUUUGGAUUGGGUCAUGGUGCAACCCAAGACGAUGUAAAGAUUGUGACAUUACUCGGUCCUAAUCGCUCAAAUAAGACCAGUAGCUCAUUAUUUUCUUUGUGUGCCUUCAGUGUUAAAAACCAAUCAUGGAGCGCAAUGUCAGAAUCAUCUAUUGGGUUUUAUGAGUUUCCUAAUCAUGCUGGCACGUUUUUAAAUGGAUUGUUGUAUUGGAAUGUAUGCUGCAAGGACGAGUACGUCUUGAUACUGGCUCUAGAUGUUAAGGAGAUGAAGUUAGUGGAGAUGGAAGUUCCAUACGAUCGUAGAAUGCGUUAUUCUACUCUGGGUACCAUAAAUGGAUGUCUUUGCUUGCUGAAUUACUAUAAAGAUUUGGACGACGACCUUGUUAAAUUUGAGUUAUUGGUAAUGAAGGACCAUGGUAUAUGGGAAUCACGUUCGACGACGUACAGCAGUACUUUCAAGGAUGAUAUCUGA